AGUGAAAGUGAGAUUACUGUUGCAAUAAGACCCGCUUAAAUUAAAUUAUAAUAAUAGUGAUAAUGAGAGAUAGAAUAUUAAGUGGGUUGGAAUUAAGUGAACCUAUUGGUGAUAAAUCUUUGGGAAGAGUUUUAUAUGAUUACUUGAAUAAGUUUGAAAAUCAAAUUGCUUUAAUAGAUGGAGUAACUGGGGAUCAAUUAAGUUAUCAAACAUUGCAAAAUAUCGCUUGUAAUUUAUCGGCAAGGAUUAAAAACCUUGGUUACAAUCAAGAAGAUGUUUUGGGUAUUUGUGCUGAAAAUAAUAUAUAUUUCUUCUGCCCACUUUUAGCUGCUUUUUAUUUAGGAAUUUCAAUAGCUCCAAUUAGCCAAAAUUACAAUAUACAUGAACUCCAACAUGUUUUAACAAUUAUAAAACCAAAAUUAAUUUUUUGCACAAAACUAAAUUCGGAAUCGUUUUUGAAUCUCCAAAACACAAAUGGGUUCAUAAAAACGAUUGUGGUUAUUGAUUCAGACGAAGCAAAACCGGGAAUUGUAACAUUAAAAUCUUUUAUAAAUAAUGAUUCUUAUGAGGGUAAUGUUGAUGAGUUUCAACCGGUUCAUGUUAAUAUAAAAAAUCACACUGCUGUUAUUUUAUUUUCUUCCGGAACAAGCGGUCUUCCAAAAGGAGUUAUGCUCACACACAAAAAUAUUUUGAUGGGCAUAAAUCAUGGUCUGGAUUCAAGAAUCUACAGAAAAAAUUUUGACAAUCCAACAAAUUUAUUACAAUUACCCAUUAAUCACGCGUUCGGUUUAAUUUCUUCUCUUUUCAUUUUAUCCCUUGGAAACUCAAUAAUCGUUUUAUCAAAAUUUAAAGAAAGUUUGUUUUUAAGUUGUAUACAAAAGUAUCAAAUAAAAUCAAUCAAUUUAGUACCUACACUUAUGGUUAUAUUAUCAAAAAGUUUAAUUUUAGAAAAUUAUAACAUCAAAUGUUUAAAAUAUAUUUUAGCUGGGGCUUCAUCAAUAAGUGAAAAUUUAGAAAAUAUGUUAAAAACAAAAUUAGGAGUUUCAUCAAUAAGACAAAUUUAUGGUUUAACCGAAUGCACAUUUGGAGUACUUACAGUCCCCUUUAAAUCGGAAAAACCAGGUUCUAUAGGAAAAGUAACUCCAGGAAUAUCCGUAAUAAUAACAAACCCCGAAAAUGAGAAAAUCUUAGGACCUUAUGAAAUCGGAGAAAUUUGUGUUAAAGGUGAAAUGGUCAUGAAGGGUUAUUACAACAACCCAGAAGCAACGAAAAAAAGUUUUAACAAUAAGGGAUGGUUUAAAACGGGCGAUUUAGGAUAUUACGAUGAUGAUGCAUACUUUUAUAUCGUUGAUAGACUAAAAGAAUUAAUUAAAUAUAAAUCAUUUCAAGUUGCUCCCGCUGAAAUAGAAAGUUUAUUACAACAACAUUGUAAAGUUUUGGAAGUUGCGGUUGUUGGGUUGCCAGAUGAAAGAGACGGGGAACUUCCUUUAGCAUUUAUUGUUAGACAACCCAACGUUGAAUUAAGUGAAGAUGAAGUUAAAAAAUUUGUUGCAAGUCGUUUAUCUCAUCAUAAUCACUUACAUGGUGGAGUUAGAUUUGUUGAUAAACUACCAAAAAAUUCAAGUGGAAAAAUUUUAAGAAGAGUAUUAAAACAAAUUAUUAAAAAUGAAGCUUAACUCUCAAAGUCAAGUGAAGUAAAAUUUAAUCUUCUAAGAUAUUUAUGUCACUGAUACACUAUCUAUAAUAUUUAAACAAUUUUUUUAAUACAUAAUAAUAAGUUGA